UUAGGUUAUGUUAGACGCACUUUCUUGAAAUUUUGCACGUUUUGCACUGUUUUUGGCGUUUUUGUUAUAAGUCUCGGAAGUCUUUUAGAUCUUUUCGUUUCAAGUCUUUUUCUUUCAAGAACAAAGUUAUUAGUAAGAGUAUUAAAUAUAUUUUCUAUAGUAAUAAUUAAAAUUUAUCGAAGUUUGAUUACUUUGGAAAAGCAACAACGACUUUGAAUAAGGAAUCACGAAGGAAUUUGAAAACUGUUGUUUUAAAAAAUGUUUGAAGCCAGUGGAGAUUUUGAUGAUGAAGAAUUGCAGGAGGAUGAAGAAGAACUUUUAGUUUACGUAGAAUUUCCAAAUUGUGACGAAAAUAGCAUGUUUGGUACGGAGAGACUGAAACUUGAUAUACUUGGAAUUGACACUGAGACACCAAUAAUACAAGUUAAUGGAAAAUUUUUCGAGGGCGUUUAUGAAGAUGCUGUCGGUACUUAUAUGUUUUUCGAAAAGGACAAUACUAUCAGUGUUGACGAUCCUGUUUUUGAAGUUGCACCAACUCUCAGAUAUUUGACGAAAAGUAGAAAAUUGUUAAAAAUGCAGAGAGUAUUCAUUGCACCCAGAACAGAAGUUUUAGGCAAUUCUGUACACAAUGAAUCUUUACCGAAUAUUGAGACGAUAAUAGAGGCUGGAGUUCCUCCCAAGUACCAGGACGAAGCGCUAGCCUUUUGGACAGAUGCGAGAGCUGAAAGAAUCGAUAUAUUAAAUAAUUACAUCGAAAAACAACGAAUUCGUAGGGAGAAAAGAUCACGUGGCAUUAGUCCUGUUUCCGAAUCAGACGAAGAUAAUCCAUUUAUGUUCACAUUACCUCAAAAUAACGGAGAAGAAGAGGAAGAAGAAGAACCCGAUGAAGUACUCGAUGGAGAAGAUAGAUUAAUCGAAGAAGAAGAAGAGGAGGAAAAUCUUUCCGAUUGUAAUCCAGAACUAAACGAAUUUGAACGCUUUGUGGAAAAUUCUGCCGAGCAACCUUCAGAUUAUCAUGAGGAUGAAAUUGAUGAACCCCAACCAUCGACAUCGAGAGAAUUUAAACCGUUUAUCGGUCCUGGAAAAACUGUCACUCGUAAUAAAGGUAUCGUAAAAGUGAAAGGCGCAAGAAAAAAAAAUAUUGACAAAAAUCAAAAGACUGUCGAUAAAAAGAAGCAAUUACAUAAAGAGACUUUAGAAAUGGACCAAACUAAUCAAGAAUUAAUGUACGAAAAUUUCCCCCAAACCGAAAGUGUUAACGAAUCUGAAGUUGAAGAAUUUAUCACCGAUGAAAUUCACACCGAACAUAGUCGAACGAUAAAAAGGGAAUUUACAUCAACAGCCGAUAAAAAAUUACAAAAGAAAGAAAAACGCGAAGCGAAAAUGAAAGAAAUAUCCGAACAGUUGAGAAAGAUGAGCGGAAUUACUCAGGAAGAGGAGGAAGAGGAAGAAGAGGAAAUGAUUAUAUAAGGGAAAACUUCAUAAAAAAAAUCUAUUUUAUUUAAAUAAAAGUACUGCAAGAUGA